AUGGCCACAUCCAAUUCUUCUGCCUCUCUGCCCACCCUCUUCGGGGUCAAUGGCUCUGGAGACAGCGUGCUGAGUACUGACGGUGCUGCAAUGCCUGCCCAGUUCCUUGCUCUGAGGAUCAUGGUUGCACUGGCCUACGGACUUGUAGGUAUCACCGGCCUGCUGGGAAAUUUAGCUGUGCUGUGGGUGCUAGGUAACUGUGCUCAGCGUGCACCUGGCCCACCUUCUGACACCUUUGUCUUCAGCCUGGCUCUGGCAGACCUGGGACUGGCCCUCACUCUCCCUUUCUGGGCAACCGAGUCAGCACUGGACUUCCACUGGCCUUUUGGAAGUGCCCUCUGCAAGAUAGUCCUGACGACCACUGUCCUCAGCAUCUAUGCUAGCAUCUUCCUAAUCACAGCACUGAGUGUUGCCAGAUACUGGGUGGUGGCAAUGGCUGUGGGACCAGGCAGUCACCUUUCUGUCUUCUGGGCCCGUGUGGUCACCUUGGCAGUGUGGGCAGCAGCUGCCCUGAUGACUGUACCCACAGCAAUCUUUGGGGCUGAGGGUGAGUUGUGGGGUGUGCACCUCUGCCUUCUGCGUUUUCCCAGCAGAUACUGGCUGGGGGCAUACCAGCUACAGAGGGUAAUCCUGGCCUUCGUUGUGCCCUUGGGCAUCAUCACCACCAGCUACCUGCUGUUGCUGGCCUUUCUACAGCGUCAGCAGCGAUGUAGGCCUCGACAGUGGCAGGGCAGCAGAGCGGUAGCCCGCUCUAUCCGUAUCCUGGUGGCUUCCUUCGUCCUCUGCUGGUUUCCCAACCAUGUAGUCACUCUCUGGGGUAUUCUGGUAAAGUUUGACCUGGUGCCCUGGGACAACACUUUCUAUACCAUCCACACUUACGUCUUUCCCAUCACCACCUGCUUGGCACACAGCAACAGCUGCCUCAACCCUGUGCUCUACUGUCUCCUCCAGCGCAAGCCUCGGCAGGUUCUGGUCAGCUCCCUCAGGGACCUUUGGUCAAGGCUGUGGCCCCAGAGCAAGGCCUGUGUGGAACAAGUGGCCCUCGAGGAGGGAGACGGAAGAUGGGCAGCCAGCACCCAGCAGAGUGGUCCUUCUAAGACAUGCACAAACACAAAGGGACACCUGGAUGAAGGAUGCAACCUGGACACCCCCUUUCCUGAGACCUACCGCGGGCAGAACCCACAGAUUCUGGGGAGACGGUGUUCUCUCUGCCAGGCUGCAGGGUCCCCAGGAAAAGUCUGAUCUUUAGCCAUCAACUCUGGGUGUGG